GUGACUGUUCAAGCCACAUGCAUUACACUCACAGCUAUGAGUGGGGACCGCUGCUAUGUCACAGUCUACCCUCUGAAGUCCUUACGCCAUCGCACUCCACGAGUCGCCAUGAUAGUUAGCAUCUGCAUAUGGAUCGGUAAGUCAUAUGCUACCCUAACUGAACAGAUAGCAAACCAUGGAUUUUUGGUUCAAAGCAUCCUGAACACUUGAACAUUUUCUAUCAAAUUAAACUAAUGAAAUUUGUUUUUUUAAAGGUUCCUUCAUUCUAUCCACCCCGAUCUUCAUGUACCAGAGGAUUGAGGAGGGCUACUGGUAUGGACCAAGACACUACUGCAUGGAGAGGUUUCCCUCGAAGACCCAGGAGAGGGCUUUCAUCCUGUAUCAGUUCAUAGCUGCCUACCUGCUACCUGUCAUCACCAUCUCCUUCUGCUACACACUCAUGCUGAAGAGGGUGGGCCAGCCAUCAGUGGAACCUGUAGACAAUAAUUACCAGGUAAGGAAAGAAUAUUACUUUGGGUGUUCCUUUAUGACUUAGUUUACAACCUUAAUAGGUGCGCUCCUUUGUCAAGGUUACACAAUGAAAGCAUGAGUUCAUAUUUGGAUCCCUUCCAAUUUGCAGGUAUACUACAGUAUGUUAAUAAAGACCCUUAGCCUGUGGCCAUGAUUUUAACUACAUACAGUAUAGGUCAUUUCUAAGCCCGUCACAGUAGUAGUGAGGUAACUUCAACAUUUCUACUACAGGUCCACCUGUUGUCUGAGAGGACAAUCACUCUGAGGAGUAAGAUCUCCAAGAUGGUGGUGGUGAUUGUCCUCCUAUUCACCAUCUGCUGGGGGCCUAUCCAGCUCUUCGCCCUGUUCCAGUCCUUCUACCCCAACUACAGGGUCAAUUACGUCACCUAUAAGAUCAAGACGUGGGCUAACUGCAUGUCCUACGCUAACUCCUCCAUCAACCCAAUCGUUUACGGCUUCAUGGGAGCCAGUUUUCGCAAGUCCUUUAAGAAGACUUUCCCCUUCCUGUUCAAAAACAAAGUGAGAGACAGCAGUGUCACGUCGCGCACGGCUAACGCAGAAAUCAAGUUAGUUGCUGCAGAGGAAGGCAACAACGAUGGGAAAUGA